GGUGAUUUGAGGUGAAAUAGCAGAGCAUCAAAAUGGCCGACCAGAGGUUUAAUCAAGUCCCAGGCUUUGUUGGCGGGGGUUUUAACAUGGUGCCGCAAAAUUCUCCCAUGCCUGGGGGGCCAGGGAUGUACAUGCAGCCGGGAAUGCCAAUGAAUCCCAUGAUGCAACAGCAGAUGAUGAUGAACCAAGGAUAUCGAUUUCCCAUGCAGGCUGCUCGCAUGGGACCACCCAACACUCCCCCUCCCCCGUACAGUGCCCACAGUCAAGUGCUCAGUAUGGCGGGUCCAAUGCCAGCCAGACCCAGAGCAUCUCUGAGCAAGUCCAAAGGCACACCACAGCAGUCUGAAAAGGAACGUUUUUUUGAGGAGCAGAGGCAGAAACUCCGGCAGUUUGGCAGGCCUGGUGCCGUCAAGGUUGACGCAGACAAACUGAUUGGUUCCAUGUUUGCCGCGGACACUAAGAUUCCCCCACAGUCUCAGGAGAAAGUGGAAAUUAUACCAGCUGUGGAGGAAGAGGAUGGUUUUGGAGAGUUUCUUCAAGGUCCCUCCGCUGCAGAGCUGGCGAGGCAGUCAGCUGGAGCAUCUGCUGAGGCUGUGGAGUCAGGAGAGCCUGCUGGUCCAGAGCCCUUGGAAGAACAGCAGCCUGUGGUGGAGGAGAAGAAAGACUUGACCUCCAUGAUGCUUGAGUGCUCGGAUCUGAAUGCGCCCCAGAAGGCUAGGGGCUUCCACAAGCCCACCCUCAAUGAGGUGCAGAAGCCUCACCAUGGCAACCACAAACAGCAAAAACUGAGCUUUCACGAGAGUGACCACUCUCGAGGCUGGAAACAUACGGAAGAUCUGGAGGGCUUGUUUCAGAUGCCAGCCAUGCCCCCUCCUGCUGCCCAGCCCCUCCCACCUCACACUGUGUAUACACAACAGCAGCUCGCGGCGGGGAUGAUGCCGCCAGGCAUGACACCUGCUUUUCAAGGCGGUGUUGUGCCGGGGCCUCCCACUGGCCCCCCUCCAGCAUAUGCUGAUGUUGCCUCCAGUCCCCCCUCCUUACCUGUAAUGAUGGGCGUGCCGUCGCCCACUAGUCACCCACCUGACCUGACGCCAGAGCAGAGCAGCCGCCCGGCCAAGGCGUUACCCGAGUGGUGUUCAUACAGCGAGGAUCAGAUGCCUCCAGUAUAUAAGCACGUGUGGGAGGCUUCGCUUGUCGAAGGAAAGAUCUCAACAGAACGCUUGUACCCGAUACUUCUGCUGAGUGGGUUGCAGAGAGAGAAACUGGCACAGAUUUGGUCGCUGUGCAACACAUCUAGUCCUGGCCAGUUGGUGAAACAAGAGCUGUGGCUGGUGCUGGCUCUCAUCGCACUCACGCAGAACAACUACAACACAAUGAGUCAGGACAUUCUAGCUCGCUGCCCUGUGCCCCCCGUCCCAGCAUUUGCUCAUGGACAAGACUCGAGUGCCCCAGCGACUUUACCUACAAGUUCCCAACAACAGCAGCCACACCCACAGCCUCAUGCUGAGCCGUCGCCGCUGACGGUUGCACAACAGCCUCCACUUCAGUCACACCCGCAACAUCAACCACCGCUACAACAACAGCUUCUACAACAGCAGUCUCCGGUUGUUCCCGUUGUAGCCAGUCAGAACAGCAGCACGCACUCUGGGAUGAAGCCUCUGCCAACCACUGCUGCCCCUCCAUGUAGUUCGGGUGCUGCUGCAAACGCUGGGGAGGAUGACUUCGCGGACUUCCAGGUGGCCACGCCAGCCGUGAGGCACACUCCUGCCACAACGACCAAAGGUGUGGCGAUGCCUCCUCCUCCUCCUCGCACAGAUGACGGCUUUGGGGAAUUUAUCGGUGGUGGAAACAUCGCGGUUCGUGGUGGUGGUUUUGGUCUCUCCUAUCCCGGCCCGGCCCACGCACCCCACAGCCACCAGCCCGCCCACCCACCCAUUCACCAACCAGGCCACCCACCCGUUCACCAACCUGCCCACCUGCCCUCUCACUCCCAUGUGGGCAAUGGUGUGGUGAUGAUGGGCAACGGCCACGUCCCUAACCACCCCCACCACCACCCCGCUCCACCCCCAGUAGCCCCCGAGCCUCCCUCCAUGCCCCCCAUGAUGCCCCUGCCCCUCCCCAGCGAGGACAAGUACAACAAUAAUGUCCGCUCCUUCUUCUGUAGCAGUGAUUCCUCCACAGGACACACAUCUCCGAGCUUUGAGGAUGAUGACUUCACAGAUGGGCGUGACAGCCUCAGCCAGGUGUCAACAUCGGAACAGUCGGAGAACGAAGAUAUACGCAACUUUGAGAACUAUGUUGAAGAGUUUAACCGCAAGAAAGAAAGUACCGAUGGAAGUCCCCUACACUGCCCCUUUCCUACUGUUCCUGCAAACGCAGCGGCUGGUAGAAAUGCCAAGCCGUCCGGCGCGAUGAAGCUUCCAGUACCUUCUGGGUCUGUCGCUGUGGGUAUACCAGGGCCCCCGGUAGGAACAACUGCCAUUGGUGUGUCUUCUCCUGGUGUGCUUAGUCCCCCCCAGGGCCAGUCAGGUGGCAGGGCUGGAUUCGGCAGCUUGGGUCAUGAGCCAUCCGCACAGUUGUCGGCCAGUCCUGAGUUUGAUGAUUUUAAAAGUGCCCCGAUGUCUUCCAGUAAACCCAUGACAGUCCCUUCCAGUAUGCCAGUUCUGAACAUGAACAAGAAUCAGAAUAGCGAUGAAGACUUUGCCGAUUUCAAGUCGGCGUCGGAGCUGGCCGGGAGUGGUCCAGUGUCUUCAGCACCUGCGGGAGAAGUUUCUCUCAUUGGGGAGGAAGACAAGUACGGAGCUCUCCGCGUACUCACCCUUGACUCCCCUCAGCCCUCUUUGUUUGAGAAAGGUCAAGGUCCCUCUGAUCCUGCCUUAGGGGAGACGGCAAUGCCGAACGAGGAUGCAAGUGCAGAGAAUGCUGAUGGGGAUGACUGGGCAGAUUUUGCAGAAGCCCCGGCCGCUAGUGGCUCGGCUGUUGGCUCUGAGGUGAGCUUCCCGGCUAGUGUGCCAGCAGGCGUGUCAUCUGACCCCGCUGCAACCACAACGGUGCCCUCGAGCACGACAAAUGCGACACGCGUUGGGAGUAACAAGGGGGACAUCCUCAAGCUGUUCAGUGCUGGCAUGACGGGCAGUGGGAGUGGCACUCUGGCCAGUCUCACCUCAGGGGACCUCUCCAGUGCUGGAGGCAGUAAGAGUGGAUCCCUGUUUGGUGAUGAUGCAAGCCUCUCCCAGACGCCAUCUGCUGCAACAUCCCAUGGUCUGGAUGCCUCUAUCUUUGGAGACUCGACCCCUUCCAGCUCUCUGCCUAGUGGUGACGCGACUACCUCCACCUCUCUUUGGGUGACCAAUCUGCAGAAGGAGGAUGGCGAUUGGUCUGACUUUAGUGGCCCGGGCAUGCAGAAACAUCAAGGGAGUUUUGUAGAGAAGAAUGUUCCCUCUGGCGGCGUUGGUGACAGUUCAGACAACUGGGGUCAGUUUUCUGCACCGUCAAGUCUGGGCCUCAACAGCAAUCCCAGUGUGGGUGACAUGUCGAUGGCAGCAACAUUUGGCAGUGUCACUGACAACAACAGUUGGGGCGACUUUUCACAGAUGUCAAACAACCCUGGUUCCUCUCAGGCGGACGAUGAUGACUGGUGUGACUUUAGCACUGCUGGUGUGGGCGAUGCUGGGUCCACCGAUGUGGGAGAAGGUGAGGGGCCUGGUGGAGGUGGGUCUGCCCACAUGGUUACCAUCAAGAAGCAGAACCUGGGGACCAGCGAGAUCUUAGGUCUCUUCAAGGUCAGGGAGGACGCGGCAACGCUGUCCAGCUACCAGCUACCCACUCAGACAACACCAACGGCCGCCACAGCUAAUUCUGGUCUUACAGGGCAAAGAAAUGGGAGUGGCAGCCGUCCCAGCCUGGGUGCGCAUGGAAAGCGUCUCUCCUCAGACUUUGAUGACGACAUGGGACCCCCUCCCAUGGACUUUGGUCAGGACGAUGACGAAGACGAACACGCUUUCUCCCGCGGCUACGAUCUUGAUGACAUCCUUCAGCGCCCCCCGCCAACCACCACCUACAGUCCGUUUGGCCUGACACAGGCUGGACAUGUGUACAGUCGUGCUUCCGGAGUGAACAAAGUGAAAGAAAGCAAGGAGGACAGUGGGUCUGUGCACAGCCUGGAGCUGCCCUCGGCCCAUCCCAAUGACCCCUCGGGCACCGACAGCCAGUCUGUGUCCAGCGCCGAUUUGACCGGCACAGAGGCUGUGACAGAAGGUGACAUCGCACCAGCGGUGUCUGCGGAGUCCAAGUCUUUGGACAGUCUGGAUUUGAAACUGGAGCCUUUGGAAGUGGACAGUGGGACAGGGAAAGAAGAUUCCAGUGCACAACAAGUCAUUACCACUCCAAUCUCAGCCCACCAACCAGCCCACCAGCCCAUACAGCCUCAAGAACUGCUGGACUCAAUGCCAGAUUUUGCAGACAAAUACAACAUCGAGAGAGAAGCACAGGGAAGUGACCGCUAUGGACAGGAGUGGGAGCGCUGUUUGACCAGUUGUGGCCAGGUCAUCGAGGAAGCCAACACCAUCUUCAACAGCAUCAGCUCCUCCUCUGUGUGUAGCGAGGUGCUCAAAUCUUCUCAGGGAAAUGAGUAUGUCACCAGUGUGAUUGAGAUUUACCGCGUGGUGUGCCGUGUCAUGACGUCAAUGCGAGCCACAGCCAUAUCUACUACUGAGCUGGAGAAAAAUGUGAGGAGCAUUGACCUCGCGUGGAAUAAUUUGACAGCUUUCCUAGUGGGAGCUUCCUUGCUGCCGGAUCCAGCAUCCCUUGUUUUCACGAACUCUGUGCUCAAGUCUGACAUGGAGGCAGCCCAGAACCAAGCCUGUGGCGUGUGUCUGCUCAACGUGGAUUCCAAAUCUCUUGCCGCUUCAUCCUCAUCAUCAUCCCCAUCAUUGUCGUUGUCGUCGUCUCUAAAUGGAGUCAGUCACAGCAAGCUGACGUACGCCGGCCGCCAGUAUCAUGCAACGUGCGCCAACUUUUGGGUGAACCGUGUAGACCAGACCCUUCCCUCCCUCACGCUAUCAGAGCUGUUGUAAUGGGAGUCACACACGCUGUGAUGAUGUAUGUAGUGCUGCACGUGUGCUGGAA